CGCGGGCAUGGCCACGUGACGGCGCCGCGGUCACCUGACGGUCUCCCGAGGCAGGGCCUGAGGUGGCGGCGGUGGCGGCGCGCGCAGCACCGGUGCCGGCGUCCCCGCCAUGGCCAGCUGCGGGGGCCCUGGCUCCCCACCCCGGCAGAGCGGCCCUGGCUCCGCGCUGGAGGAGGAGGAGGAGGAGGAUGACCCAGCCCUGGGCUGCGACGGCGACCUGGAGGUGAACCCCUACGAUGGGCUGCCCUUCUCCUCCCGCUACUAUGAGCUUCUGCGGCAGCGCCGGGAGCUGCCCGUCUGGACCACGAAGUACAGCUUCAUGGAGCACCUGGAAGGCAACAGUGGCAUCGUCCUGGUGUCCGGGCCCCCUGGCACUGGCAAGAGCACCCAGAUCCCACAGUGGUGCGCGGAGUACGCCCUGUCCCUGCAGUUCGCCCACGGCCUGGUGGCCUGCACCCAGCCCCACAGCCUGGCCGCCCUCAGCCUCUCCCUGCGUGUGGCGGACGAGAUGGACCUGAACCUGGGCCACGAGGUCGGCUACUGCGUCCCCCACGAGGACUGCUGCACCACCGAGACCAUCCUCAGGUACUGCUCGGAUGAGAUGCUACUGCGGGAGAUGACAUCGGACCCGCUGCUGCGGCAGUACGGUGUGGUGGUGCUGGACGAGGCGCAGGAGCGGACGGUGCCCACCGACGUGCUGCUGGGGCUGCUGAAGGACGUGCUGCGCCAGCGUCCCGCGCUGAAGGUGGUGGUGGUGACCUCGCCGGCUAUGGAGGAGCAGCUCCGUGCCUUCUGCGGGGACCCUCCUGUGGUGCGGGUGCCGGGGCACGGUCCCCCUCCCCAGCUGCUCUACAGGGAUCCACCAGCCCGGAGCCGCAUCGCGGCUGCCUGCCAGGCCGUGCUGGACAUCCACCGGCGGCAGGAGCCCGGCCACAUCCUGCUCUUCCUGGCCAGCGAGCAGGAGAUCGCUGAGUGCUGUGGGGCCAUCCAGACCGAGGCCAUGGCGCUGAACCCGGGGCUGGGCCCGCUGCUGGUCCUGCCCCUGCACCCUGGUGUGGGCCGCGCGGCGCAGAAGGUGUACGAGGCGCUGGAGGAGAGGGGCCAAGAAAGGCGGGUGAUUGUCACCCACUGGCUCGCGGACUCAUCCUUCUCUCUGGGGACUGUGCGCUUUGUCAUCGACUCGGGGCUGGAGCUGCGCAACGUCUACAACCCCCGCAUCCGCGCAGAGUCCCAGGUGCUGCGGCCCAUCAGCAAGAGCCAGGCGGAGUCGCGCAUGCAGCGAGCCGCAGGCAGCCCCGCAGGCACCUGCCUGCGCCUCUACUCGGAGGCCUUCUAUGAGCAGCGCCUGCCCCCCAGCCCCGCACCCCACGUCAGCGAGACCAGCCUCAGCCGCCUCGUGCUGCUGCUGAAGCGCCUGGACAUCGCCGACAUGGGCCAGUGCGACUUCCUCGACCGGCCAGCCCCCGAGUCGCUGAUGCAAGCGCUGGAGGACCUGGACUACCUGGCCGCCCUGGACGAUGAUGGGAACCUGUCAGAGGUGGGGAUCAUCAUGUCGGAGUUUCCCUUGGAUCCCCAGCUAGCCAAGGCGCUCAUCGCCUCCUGCGAGUUCGACUGCGUGGAGGAGAUGGUCAGCCUGGCUGCCAUGCUCACAGCUUCCCCCUGCUUUGUGCCCCCUUCCACGCAUCUGGAGGAGGCCGUGACCAUGCGCCGGCGGGCCCUGCUCCACCCGGAUGGAGACCACUUCACCCUCAUCAACAUCUUCAACGCCUUCCAGCAGCACAACGCGGACGAGGGCUGGUGCCGCAAGCACGGGGUGAGCGGGGAGGCGUUGCGGCUGGCGGGCAUCGUGCGGGCAGAGCUGCUGGAGGUGAUGCAGCGCAUCGAGCUGCCCAUCUCACCCCCCGCCUUCGGCACCGACGCCAACGUGCUCAACAUCCAGAGAGCGCUCAUCUCCGGCUACUUCCUCAAGGUGGCGAGGGACAUCGACGGCUCCGGCAACUACGUGAUGCUGACGCAUAAGCACGUGGCCCACCUGCCCCCCACCUGCUGCUACCUGCUGCGGCAGCCCCCCCAGCGCCUGCCCCCCUGGGUCCUCUACCACGAGUUCACCAUCUCGCAGGACAACUGCCUCCGCGUCGUCUCGGAAAUCCAGCCCCAAAUGCUGGUGGAGCUGGCACCCCAGUACUACCUGAGCAACCUGCCACCCAGCGAGAGCCGCGACCUGCUGACGGAGCUGCGGGAGAAGGUGGUGGCCGUGGAGGACGUGCCGGCAGUGCCAGAGCCGCUGGGAGAGGCGGCCGGCAGGGAGGAUGAGGAGAGGGAAGUCUGUGUGCUGCAGUGAGCUGGAGCCACCGGAGCCCCGACGUCGGGGCCGCUUGGGCUUGGCUGUGACCGCCGGGGACGGGAGAGCCCCGGGGAGGCUGCGCUGCUGUGGGGGCUGACCCGAUCUCCAGGGAGGCGCAGGCACAGCCUGCCGCUACCACAGCUCUGCACCACGGUUGCGGUGCCAGCAGCCACGGGACCGGCUCCUGGCAUCUCCCCUGGGGACAGAGCCCUGUUUGGGGGAGCACUGGCCCUGGGCCUGGGGGGUCGUGCAGGCUCUCCCUGCCCGGGCUCCUUCACCCCGUGUUUCCCCAGGGGCUGCCGUGGGGCUGGGGCCGCCGGUCCUGCCUGUCCCGCUCCCCCCACGCCCGGGGGAGCAGUGCCGAGGGGCCACUUGUGGGUCUCUCCUGUAUAAAGUUUUGUGACCUUU